AGCGCGCUCCCUCCGCCGCGGGACCUGGGUUCCCAGGCUACUCCCCCGAGGCCUGAGCGCACGGCGGGCUGGAGCCGGGCCCGGACCCGCGGCGCGGGAGGGAGCGAGGAGCGAGCGGAGUCGCGUGCGCCAGCGCGCAGCUGCGGGGCGCUCGAAGCCCCCGCCGGGGCCCGUCGCUGCGGAACUCAGGCGGCCCGAGGGACGGUCUGUGCGCACUCGACCCGUCGGGGGCCGCAGCUGUUCUGUAGGAGUGCAAGGGGCUGAGUCCGCGCGACGGCCCACGAGGGACAGGUCCCUGGAUGAGAAGCAGCUGACACGGCUGAGCCCUGCCUUCUCUGCACGCUCGGGAGCAGGGCCUCGCAGCCCCGGUGGCACCGAUGCCGAAGAACAGCAAGGUGACCCAGCGUGAGCACAGCAGCGAGCAUGUCACGGAGUCCGUGGCCGACCUGCUGGCCCUCGAGGAGCCGGUGGACUACAAGCAGAGCGUCCUGAAUGUGGCCGGCGAGGCAGGCGGCAAGCAGAAGGCAGCCGAGGAGGAGCUGGCGGAGGACCGGCCGGCCUGGAACAGCAAGUUGCAGUACAUCCUGGCCCAGAUCGGCUUUUCUGUGGGUCUGGGCAACAUCUGGAGGUUCCCCUACCUGUGCCAGAAAAACGGGGGAGGUGCCUACCUGGUGCCCUACCUGGUGCUGCUGAUCAUCAUCGGAAUCCCCCUGUUCUUCCUGGAGCUGGCGGUGGGCCAGAGGAUCCGCCGCGGCAGCAUCGGCGUCUGGCACUACGUGUGCCCCCGCCUGGGGGGCAUCGGCUUCUCCAGCUGCAUAGUCUGCCUCUUUGUCGGGCUGUACUAUAAUGUCAUCAUCGGGUGGAGCGUCUUCUAUUUCUUCAAGUCCUUCCAGUACCCGCUGCCCUGGAGCGAAUGUCCUGCUGUCAGGAAUGGGACGGUCUCAGUGGUGGAGGCUGAGUGUGAGAAGAGCUCAGCCACCACCUACUUCUGGUACCGAGAGGCCCUGGACAUUUCCAACUCCAUCUCUGAGAGCGGGGGCCUCAACUGGAAGAUGACGCUGUGCCUCCUCGUGGCCUGGAGCAUCGUGGGCAUGGCCGUCGUCAAGGGCAUCCAGUCCUCAGGGAAGGUGAUGUACUUCAGCUCCCUCUUCCCCUACGUCGUGCUGGCCUGCUUCCUGGUGCGGGGGCUGCUGCUGCGAGGGGCCAUCGACGGCAUCCUACACAUGUUCACCCCCAAGCUGGACAAGAUGCUGGACCCUCAGGUGUGGCGGGAGGCGGCCACGCAGGUGUUCUUUGCCCUGGGGCUGGGCUUCGGUGGUGUCAUCGCCUUCUCCAGCUACAACAAGCAGGACAACAACUGCCACUUCGAUGCGGCCCUGGUGUCCCUCAUCAACUUCUUCACCUCGGUGCUGGCCACGCUCGUGGUGUUCGCCGUGCUGGGCUUCAAGGCCAACAUCAUGAAUGAGAAGUGUGUGGUCGAAAAUGCCGAGAAAAUCCUGGGGUACCUCAACUCCAACGUCCUGAGCCGAGACCUCAUCCCACCCCACGUCAACUUCUCCCACCUGACCACCAAGGACUACACGGAGAUGUACAAUGUCAUCAUGACCGUCAAGGAGGACCGCUUCUCCACGCUGGGCCUCAACCCCUGCCUUCUGGAGGACGAGCUCAACAAGUCCGUGCAGGGCACCGGCCUGGCCUUCAUCGCCUUCACGGAGGCCAUGACCCACUUCCCCGCCUCCCCGUUCUGGUCGGUCAUGUUCUUCUUGAUGCUCAUCAACCUGGGGCUGGGAAGCAUGAUCGGGACCAUGGCGGGCAUCACCACGCCCAUCAUCGACACCUUCAAGGUGCCCAGGGAGAUGUUCACAGUGGGCUGCUGCAUCUUCGCAUUCUUCGUGGGGCUACUGUUUGUCCAGCGCUCCGGGAACUACUUUGUCACUAUGUUCGAUGACUACUCGGCCACCCUGCCGCUCACGGUCAUCGUCAUCCUGGAGAACGUUGCUGUGGCCUGGAUCUACGGCACCAAGAAGUUCAUGCAGGAGCUGACGGAGAUGCUGGGCUUCCGGCCCUACCGCUUCUAUUUCUACAUGUGGAAGUUUGUGUCGCCACUGUGCAUGGCCGUGCUCACCACAGCCAGCAUAAUCCAGCUGGGGGUCACGCCGCCCGGCUACAGCGCCUGGAUCAAGGAAGAGGCUGCGGAGCGCUACCUGUCCUUCCCGGGCUGGGCCAUGGCCCUCCUGGUCACCCUCAUUGUCGUGGCCACCCUGCCCAUCCCUGUGGUGUUCGUCCUGCGGCAUUUCCACCUGCUCUCGGACGGCUCCAACACCCUGUCCGUGUCCUACAAGAAGGGCCGUAUGAUGAAGGACCUGUCCAACCUGGAGGAGAAUGAUGAGACCCGCUUCAUCCUCAGCAAGGUGCCCAGUGAGGCACCCUCCCCCAUGCCCACUCACCGCUCCUACCUGGGGCCCGGCAGCACGUCGCCCCUGGACACCAGCGGCAACCCCAACGGACGUUAUGGGAGCGGCUACCUCCUGGCCAGCACCCCAGAAUCAGAGCUGUGACCACUGUCCCCACCUGGCCUGCCUCUCCACCCCCACCCACCCCACCCACUUGGCCUGGCCUGGUCUCUCCCUCUUGGCAGCCGCCAGACUCUGCCCAAGCCCUCUGCCCAGGAAGAGCAGGUCAGCCCUGCCACACCCUCACCCAGCCCCAGCUGACUUCUGGGAGGCUAGGAGCACCUCUGCCCCCUAGGGCAGCCCCCACCCCAUCCAGCCCUCUGUAGCCAUGUAAUGGGAGCAGUCCUGACUCCCAGUUAGGAAAGAUCCGUAGCCCUCUCUCUGCCCCUCCUGUUCUCAGGUCCUGGGGCUUCCCCUGGACUUCCUGGUGAAGGGGUUGGGGUGACUGUACCCUGGAAGCAGCCCUCCCCGCCCUGCCCCCCAAGGGUGCCGGCUGUAAGUCAGGGAGGGGUGGGGUGGGGCCAGGGGCCUGGGCUCUGUUCUUUGGGGCAGAAUGGGCCCUCUGGCCAGCACAAGCCUUGGCCCAGCAGGGGUGAGGGGUCCCUCAGCCCCUGUCUGAGUGGGCUUCUGCCUCCUGCCUCCUGCCUAGGAGGCCAGUGACUAGUCCAGCAUUUUCCCCAUGUCCAUUAGCGCAUGACCACCUCCUGCCCCCGGCUGCCAGCCUGACGCCCACGGUGGGUGUGAGAAGAGGGGACAGUGCACUGAGAGGUUUCCAGAGCACAAUGUUUGGUUCGAGCACAAUUGUGAAGCACACUUCCUCCCACCCCCUAACCGGGGGCCACAUAUUCUCUCUAGUGGCAGCUUCUCCCCUACCGGGGCCCCCCCACAAUGUCACUGCCCUUUGGGCCUCCACCCCGCCUCCUCAUGACACAGCUACAGCUACCUGGUGUGCAGUCCAUGUGCACAGACCCCUUGGAAGCCUUGGCCGAGCCUCCCUGGGCCAGGUGGGAGCAUCAGUCGGAGUGCUGUAGACUGGGGGCUGCUGCAGGGAGGAGCACCCCACAGCAUCAUCCCGCCCUUCCUCAUCGACUGCCCUCAGAGUUGCAGGCUGGAGAGGCCCCACUGGGGAUGGAUGGAUGGACGAGUGGAGAGAGGGAAGGAUGGACGGAGUAAGGGGACAUGGGAGAUUGGUUGAGGCACCAAGCCUCCAUCUGAGAGCCGUGGUUGACAAGGCAAGAAUAGGUCACAGGGGGCAGACCCACCUCCACGGAGGGUCCUUGGUUACUGGGAGGGUCAACGAGGCCCAGGGCCCCCUCUUCACCCUAUGGUCCCCUGGUCUACCCAAUACCCAGCCUCUUUUCCAUCCACCACCACCACCACACUCACCCCUCCCUGUGCUUUCUCCCCCUUCCUGCCCCUCCCACCCCCUUCUGCUGUUUCUGGGUGUGUGAGGGGCGAGGGGUGGCCCCAUAUCUCCCUAGAGAGACAAGCUGGGAGGUGCAACACCCCAUGCUAGGCCCCCUCGCCUGACAACACUUCCCAGCCCCAGGCAGGAUUCGCCCCAGGAGAGACUCCACUUGGCUUACUCUCCUUCGUAGCCUAUUUCUAUUGUAUAUUCAAUCUGUACAUGUGGGUGUAAAUGCUGUUAAAUGACAAACCCAAUAUUAUACCGUGGCUGGUGGACUAUUUUCAUCCUCAGUGCUGUACAGAUCUAUUUUCAUUGUACAUUUGAUAUAUUUUUAAUUUUGUAGCGUGCGACCGGGCUGAGGGCGGGGGCUUGGUAGCAGGGAUGCCUGGCUGUGCACGUUCGUCUGGGGGCCCAAGCCCGGCGCGCACGCCCAUGGCGGGUGUGGAUCCAUGACCCCCAGUGUCCACUGCGCCCUGAGCCCUCCCGGCCUCCCCCAGCCCAGCUCCUGCAGACAAGGGCUCAGUGGGGGCUGGGAAAGCCCCUGCCAAAGACAGGCACGAGUUUCUGGCUGGUGACUCAUUGCCUUCACACCGUGGGGUUUGUCAGCAACUGGAAAGGAGGGCCUUGGGGGGCGGAACAUCCCCCGGAUUUGUUUUUCCACAGGCCUCUUGGCAUUCCCACUGGCGUUGCAAGCCUUCUUCGGGAGGAAGUGUAAGGGGGGAGACUGCCCCCGGAAGGCAUCUCAGUGCCUCUACUCCAGUGUUUGUCCAAGGGAGCAGCUGCCCCAUCCCCACUAGCCCGGACACCUCUCUGCCCUCCCCGAGGGGCUGGCAGCCAGCAGGGGCAAGGCCAGAGGGGCCCAGGCAGGUGGUCCCCUGAUAAGGGGAGAUCCAGCCCCAGACUCCCUGGAGGAGAGGAAGGGGCCCUGCCCCUGUGCAGGAACCCACCCCUGGCUUUAGCGCUGUGGAUGAAGUGCCCACUAGGAGACAAGAAGGCAGAAUGGGCAGGACCCGGGGGCUGGGAGUCAGGGAGAUGGGGGCCGUUGGCCCUUGCCCGCCCUCAGUCCCCAUGGUCAGCUUCUUGAAUAGGGGGCACUCUACCCUCCACUGAGGCCAGGGGAGGCCCAGGUGGCACACACAAGUUGAUGCCAAGCUACAACAGCGUCUGCCCUCCACUCGAAACUGUCACAACAGAAGCAGCCCCCCGCCUCCCCCCAGGAACCAACCAGAGGCAGUGAGGCGAGGCCAGCCGCUGGGGGCCCCCAGACCCUGCACAGGGCUGCAGUAUUACAGGGUGUGAGGCCCACCCUCCCCACUGUGGAGGAGCGAUGGGCACGUUAGAGGGCACCCUGCUCCCCGAGUGUCCCCCUGAAAUGUGGGGUCUGCUGCUCUUUGGCAGUGGGCUGAGGAGGGGGGUCUCAGCAUCCCUGCUCAUCGCGCGUGCUGCUUUGUACAGACCUGAGCACACACCCUGCGCUGCCAGACCCAUCCAAGCCCAUGUGUCCCUCGAGGGUGGUUACCCUGGGCCACGGCUUCUCAGCCCAGGGAGGGGACAUGGUGGCAUCAUCAUUCCGCUCCCCCUCACCGUGGUGUACAAUAAAGUGUCUGUUCUUACCAA